GCAACCUCGCCCCAAAAGACUACAAGCUCCAGAAAAACCUGCGGCCUCUCACGCAAACCUCGGUGGCUGAAAAAUAGUAAAGGCGUCCGAGGCAGAGGAAACCACCGCCGGCUCGUGGGACGACCAGACUUCAGCGUAACUAUGAACUUGGAGCGGGUCUCCAAUGAGGAGAAAUUGAACCUGUGCCGGAAGUACUAUCUGGGUGGGUUUGCAUUCCUGCCUUUUCUGUGGCUGGUCAACAUCUUCUGGUUCUUCCGCGAGGCCUUCCUUGUCCCAGCCUACACAGAGCAGAGCCAAAUCAAAGGCUAUGUCUGGCGGUCGGCGGUGGGCUUCCUCUUCUGGGUAAUUGUGCUCACUACCUGGAUCACCAUCUUCCAGAUCUACCGGCCUCGCUGGGGUGCCCUUGGGGACUACCUCUCCUUUACCAUACCCUUGGGGACCCCCUGACAACACGGGGUCAGCACAGGAUGGCGUCUUGGGCUUUGUCCCAGGAUGGGUUCCUCUGCUCUGAGUUUACCCUCAAGCCCCAAAGACUUGUAAGACUUGUGCCCAGCUCCCAUCGUCUUAGCUGACAUCCCCCAAUAAAGGACCUCAACAUUCGA